AUGCUGCAUCGUCUAUCCAUUCGGCCUGCGCAUGGCUGGCCUGACUAUCAACGGACGCAACACUCUCGGGCCCCGCCAUUAGUUGACUGUGCGACGGCAAUUGGUCCUUUUGAGGCGGCUUUUUUGUGCGUUCGAUCGAACCAGCCCUUUCGCCUGCUCCACCGUUCUGCUGGACUGGCGCGAGUCCAGUUCAAACGGCCAUACCUACGCGGUAGAAUGGCCGCGAGGCGACAUGAGGGCUGGGCCUGUUGA